GCCCGCAGUUCUGCUCGCAGUCCUGCUCCGUCCUGCGCUGGGGACGGCGAGCUGGCUGCUGCAAGAAAACCCUUUUGUGUUUCUUUUUUUUCUUCUUUUUUUUUUUUUUUUUUAACUUCCCCCCCUCUGCUUUCCCUCUGUUGAAGAUGACCUAACUUCGAAAGAGCCUCUGCUGGCCAGGGAUCAGCUGAAGUUUGAAAGACACCCUCCUACCUCCACCACAAUCUUCAGCACUUGAGGUCUGCUCUGCAGAUGGGAGGUCACCACCCGCUCGCCUGUUUCGCCCAAAUGCACUGUCUGCCCUCCACCCUCAUCUAAGAUGGCUGCCCGUGGCCUUCCUCUGCACCCAAACAGAUUGGAGCCGAGCUGCAUGCUACCAUGGUGAUAAUUUUAUCCAAAACACUGGAAAAGAAGAAGGGUGUCAGUGAUGUAAGGUCCAAGAACAUCGAGAGACGGCUGUGCGAGCUCCACACAAUGAGCAAAGGGACCACCCUCUUCUCCUGUGGAACUGUGGAGGCAAAUAGGUGGCUGGACCUGGGGCGAAGCUGUGCCAUCCAGCAGAGAGCUCCCUGCCAGCCUGGUGCCAGUCUGGAGAGCCUGUGGGAUGUGAUGCCCGAGCAGGGUAGCCAGCACUGGGCAAAGGACCAAGGCAGCGCCACAGCAAUCACCAGUCUGAUAAGAGAUCUCAGCCUCAGCAAUUGCAGUGUGAACAGCUGCCACUCCCACACUACAUCUGCCACUGCACACUUCACCACUACACCUACCAGCCAAGCUCCUACGGCCCCCCCGAGCAAGCGUCAGUGUCGCUCCCUGUCGUUCUCUGAUGAGUACAGUGGGUUCCGCUCAUCAUGGAGGCCCCAGGGCUCCAGAGUGUGGACAGCGGUGGAGAAACGAAGGUGCCACAGUGGGGGCAGUGUUCGAGGAGGAGGGGGUUUCUCCGGUGGUCAUUUUCCCACCAUUCAGCGUAGCUCUAGCUUCAGUUUGCCCUCGUGCUCCAGGUUUCCUUCAGAUGGAGCCCUGGACUUACCAUUUUUCAACCAGCGACUGCCUCUACACCCUCAGUUCAAUGCCUGUCCAGUCUCCCCUACCUCUCCUUCCUCGCAUCACCACCACUCCCGCCAUCACCACUUCCUCCGGCCUCUGUCCCUCUCCCACGAGCAGAUCAGCCUGCCAGAGCUCCAGAGAGAAGAGGCUUCGGAGGCCAGCUCUCCCGACUCCACCCCAGAACUGGGGAGGCGAGCUGGCCAGAGAGCCGGGGGCACAGGGUGUCUGUCUCGUAGCAGGUCCCAGCCCUGUGUGCUAAACGACAAAAAGAUUGGCAUGAAGCGCCGGAGACCAGAAGAUGCCCAGGAGCAGCGACCCUCCCUGGAUCUGGCAAAGAUGACUCAGAAACUUGAGACCUUUCAGAGCUUGAGCUGCCCCAGGUUUACAGCCACCAACCACUGCCAAUCAAGCCUACCACUUCCCUCCUCGAAGACCUCCAGCCAGCCAGAUUCAGACUUCGCCGCCGUGUCCGAACUAGAACUGGAGUCACAGCAGGAAGUGGCAGGAGAUGACGAGGAUGAGGAUUCAUGCUACGAAGAGCUUGACAGCGAUUCGGCUUGUAGCGUGGACUCGCGGCCCGGGUCUCCGGCUGGCAUCGUGGGCGGUAAACGAAACCUCUGGAAGGGUGAUUGUUUGACACAGAGGGAUAUUUUCCAGCUGGGGGGAGAGCUGGAUCUUGACCAGAUUGAAAGAAACUGAACACUUUACAGGAGAGUUUUUAAAAGACUGUGUCUGGACUGUUGAAGAAGGUUAUCAGAUACUGUCGAUGUACCAAAAGAUGGUUACGAAGACAGGUCGUGAGUUUUUUGAAAGGGAAAGAUGAAAGAAAGUGAUAAAGAGCAUUAAGGAUUUAGUAUGUUGCUAACGACGGAUUUCUUAAUGACACAUUUGCCUUGAACAUUCUUACUGUUUGAAUAAAAAAUACAAUGACAGUUAGAUGUUGUUGUUGUUUUGAGGGGAUAUUCAGAUUAACUCAGGAGUGGGAAAGUGAGGGUUAGUCUUAAAAAAAAGUUUAAAAGGCUCCCAGCCCCCGCUGUCUUUUAGACCUGAUGACCUUUCCAAAGUCGGCUAACCUUAGGUUUGUAGAACUGUAGCAGUAGCUGGUCUCGCCUGUAUUUAGCUUGAUUUGUUUUUUGGAGAAAGUGGGAGUGUCAUGGAUUGGGUGAAUCAGGGAGGAGACUUACCCUUGACCUUCCUCUUCAUCUUUUGUGCACAAAUAAAAAUCAGAUUUCUGUUUUUUUUCUUCUGCUGAAUAAAGCCUCAAAAAGCUUCAUGUUUUCAAACAUGGACUUUGGAAAUUGACAGUGCCUUCUUUUGGAUGCUUGCUCUCAUGGGUUGUCUUCAAGGAACUAGCCUCAAUCGAAGCCACCAUUUCUGACCUUUUUUUUGUGUAGUUUCUUAAUAUGCAAAUUGUAUAUUUGAAUUAAACACUGAAUCUCGAGUUUUCAGUUCUAAUAUCAGUGUAUAUUUUUCUAAGUAACUGUUUUCAUGAGCUGUUUGUGAAGAUGAAGAAUACAAGGACUUUCUUCUGACAGAAUGGAUAUGAAAUAAAUGUACAAUGUGCACUCA